UAUGCGUAGCUUUGACAUUAGCGUUAUUUGCAUUUGGGUGAAAAAUGUGUUGAAAAUAAUGGAUAUCUGUAUUGUGAACACGUAGACAACAACAACAAUGCACCUGGAUUAUUAUGCUAUAGCGCGAAAGCAACGUUAUAUUCAUUUCUCGUCUGUUCUGUGUCGAAGUGUUAAAUCGAAGAACUCUCGCGGGAUGACAGUGACGCGUGUUUUGGGUGUCUUACUUAAUCGUGACGUAUUUCCUGUUAUGUUAUUAAAAAGACGCGUUCAUCUUUGUAUUUUUUAUUAAAAUGCACAUUUACGUAUUUUAAACGUGUUAAUGUUUGAUAUCAAGCAGUUUUCAUUCGUAUAGUCCCUUAUUAGUCGAACAAAUGUAAAAAAUGCAUGUUUUGGAGGCGGGGCUAACGUCAAGCCCGCGAUUUUUGUACAAAGAGCCGGGAAGACUCAUUCACUCUAGUGUUUUCUUCACUGCAGGGGUCAAGAAAAUUCUCUUCUGUUAUUCUUGUUUUUUAUUUUCAGUUUCUUUUUGGCGUUUUAUCGAUUUUAAUCUUGCCAACAUGCCCGUCCUAGAGAUCGCAGAUGCUUGUGAAGUUUCCCCAUUAAAAAGGCGCAGAGGCAACCCUGCCGAGGAGAGAUCCGUUCUUCGCUUCGCCAAACUUUCAGAACAUGCCACGACACCCACCAGAGGCUCCACAAAAGCGGCUGGAUAUGACCUCUACAGUGCAUAUGAUUAUUCAAUUGACCCUAUGGACAAGGCCGUAGUGAAAACUGACAUCCAGAUAGCAGUACCACAUGGCUGUUAUGGCAGAGUGGCACCAAGAUCUGGACUCGCAGCAAAGCACUUUAUCGAUGUUGGGGCUGGAGUUGUUGAUGAAGACUACAGAGGAAAUGUUGGUGUUGUCCUAUUUAACUUCGGCAAAGAGAAAUUCAAAGUUAAAAAAGGUGAUCGGGUUGCUCAGCUGGUGUGCGAGAGAAUCGUCUACCCAGAAUUAGUUGAACAGGAGAAACUCGAUGACACUGAGCGCGGGGCAGGAGGUUUCGGAUCAACUGGAAGCAACUGAAGCCCUGAAUGUUGAAUGUUUUAAAGUUGGGAGUUUAGAGGUCACUGUUUUGAACUUGUUAAUAAAUAUUUAAAUAUCA